CGGUAGACAAUAGCCGAACUUUUCGACAUGAAUAAUGAUGACAUUUCCAGACAAUUGCAGCGGGCAAACACUAUUUCCCACUGCAUUUCUUUUCCCAUAUUCCUCCGCUCACUUUCCCUUUAUUUUUUCUUCCCUGCAACUUUUCUCUCUCUUCCCUAUCUCUUCAAUUCUGCAACUCUAGGUUAAACUCAAUUAAGGUUAUCAAAUCUUCCCUAAAACAAUGCAUUGGGACUUAAUCUUAUGGCUAAUUGCCUUAGCCUCCAACAUCGCCCUCCUCAUUCUCCUAAUUUACCAGUUGAUUUGUUUGUCGGAUUUGGAGGCUGAUUAUAUGAAUCCAUAUGAGACGGCGUCGAAUAUCAAUUCUUUGGUUUUACCAGAGUUUGGAUUGCAGGCAGCUUUUUCUGCUCUUUUUCUUGUUACUGGCCAUUUCUUGAUGUUUUUUGUCACACUUCCUGUUGUCAUUUAUCAUGCUAGAUUGUUUACUAGGGGAGAGCAUCUUGUAGAUGUGACAGAGAUUUUCAGAGCACUUAGUGUUGAGAAGAAACAUCGGUUUCUAAAGCUUUGCGUUUACCUAUUAUUUUUCUUCUUGGUCAUUUUCAGGCUUGUGAUAGCUAUAUAUAAUUCUUUAGCGGAUGAAGAUGAAGCAUUACAUGGAUUUUGGGUGUUCUAGAUCACCAAGGUUUAAUCUCCUAUUAACUGUUUUCCCUUUUUUGACCUUGGGCUGUAAACCAUCAAUUUUGAGCUCCAUCAUCCUCAGUAAGUGAAGGGACUAGUGAAGGAGGAGCGUGUCAUUGAUCAUGGCCACUGAAACUGUCUAAGUGAUGAUGCCUUUACAUGUCAUGUUGCAAAGAUGAUUUCACUAUCUGUGGAGUUGGAAUCUAGCAUCAAAGUUGCUUAUGUUGUCUAAGAUGCCCUUUUUAGUUUGGGUAUAAAGGUUGUACGAGAAAGGCUGUCAUUAGGUUGUUCCAGUAAUCGUGUUUGUCAAUGCGACACGUUUUUAUCCUUGUUGAUUUGAUAGUUAUAGCCUUUAGUUGUGAGGUAGGAUGAACGAUGUUGAAACCGAACUAGAGCAUAAAGUUGGGGCUCGAAAGCCGAAAGAUUUCAUAGAAGAUGUAUAUUGUGGACCAAAAGGGGCUUCUUUGUUAUCCAAAACCUUUUUUUUAGGGGCUGACAUUAGAAUCUAAGGUUCUAAGUGAAGUGAGGUAGGCAAUGGGGGGAAGAAUAGAUGUGACAUUCUUGUGCAACUCCCAUGUGCUGCUGUGUCCAGUUUAUCAUAAGUUGAUGAUUUUUAAUUCUA